CCCGUCCCCUCCUCUCCCCUGGAUUGUGGAGGUACUCCCUUGGGAGUCGGCCCCUGUCUGCGGAGCUUUACUGUGCAUUCGCAUCUUUGUUCUGAUACUUUCCGUUCAGUGCCCAUCCUUGCCCUCGCUCUGGGGGGUUUGGUCGAGAGAAUCGGGCCUCCGCUCAGAUAGGAUCUAUCCUUUUGUACCCAGCUGAGUGCGGACACUUCCUCCGCCCAGUGCCGUGUGACUGGCGGGGAGCAAUCGGAGGGGUUGGACCCCAGGAUCAACCCAGAAGUGGAGGUGACCAACAGAAGACCGUGUGGUUCCCUGGGAAGAAAGUUUGGGAAUUGGGAGCUCUGGAAGCCACAGUCAGAAUCAGACAGUCUUACCUCGUUAACCCCAGUCCCUCCACCCCCCGCCCCCAAUCCUCCCAAAUAGCGGGAGAGAAGACAAACACCAGCGUUAAUUACAGCCAGGAUUUUGGGAGUUGGACUUUGGACAUGCUGGGACCAUUUGACUGAGAGAGGAAUUUCACAUUACCUGGGACGGGCUUUGGGAUCUGUCGAUCAGUUACCUGCACACAGCGCCCAGGACUCUCGUCCUCUGCUCGGUUAUGACCAGUUAAAUCCAUUCGCUCUUAAGAGUCAGUGUACCCCGACAUCACGCUGCCGCCUCGCCCGAGACCAUGUUGGACGGACUAAAAAUGGAAGGAAGUUUGCCGCAUUCGGCCCAGACACCAGCCUCACUUCAUGGGUCCAGUGGAAAGGAGAGGGCAGUGUGCGAAGGCUGUGAUAGGGUGAUCUUAGAUCGGUUUCUUCUGAGGGUGAAUGACAGCUUUUGGCAUGAGCAGUGCGUGCAAUGUACUGGGUGCAGGGAGCCCCUUGCCACCACUUGCUACUACAGAGACAAGAAGCUUUACUGCAAGCAUGACUACGAAAAGCUUUUCGCAGCCAAGUGCAGCGGCUGCAUGGAGACCAUUGCCCCCACCGAGUUCGUCAUGCGGGCCCAGAAGAGUGUCUACCACCUGCACUGCUUCUGCUGCUGCGUGUGUGAGCGUCAGCUGCGCAAGGGAGAUGAGUUUGUGCUGAAGGAGGGCCAGCUGCUCUGCAAGAGCGACUACGAGAAGGAACGGGAGCUUCUGAGCUUGGUCAGUCCGGCCGCCUCGGACUCAGCUAAAAGCGAUGAUGAAGAUUGCACCGACAAACUGGGGCAGCUACAGUGCAAAGGAGGCGAAGACUUCAAAGACCCAAAGAGACCCAAGAGGCCCCGGACUAUUCUCACCACACAGCAGAGGCGUGCCUUCAAGGCAUCAUUUGAAGUGUCUUCCAAGCCCUGCAGGAAGGUCAGGGAGACGCUGGCAGCAGAGACAGGCCUGAGUGUCCGAGUCGUACAGGUGUGGUUCCAAAAUCAGCGAGCGAAGAUGAAGAAGUUGGCCCGCCGACAGCAGCAACAGCAGCAGGACCAGCAGAACACACAGCGACUGAACACAGUCCCAGCGAACACCUCCUCUAACCCUGGGAUGGAGACGAUGAUGAACCCCUACACAACCCUGCCUCCACAGCAGCUCCUGGCUAUUGAACAGAAUGGAUAUAACACUGAUCCUUUUCGACAAGGCCUCACUCCUCCUCAGAUGCCAGGAGACCACAUGCACCCUUAUGGCAGCGAAACCCUCUUCCAUGACAUGGAUAGCGACACCUCACUCAACAGUUUAGGAGAUUGUCUCCUAGCAACCACUGAGGCAAACUCCAUGCAGGCUAGAAUAGGAAACCCCAUAGACCGCCUGUACUCCAUGCAAAACUCCUACUUCACUUCCUGAAGUUGGCCACAUUGGAAGCGGGGAGAGCAGCCACAGGUGCACUCAUUCAGACUGAUGCCAUUCACAACUCUCCCGAAGACCACCUAAGACAAUGGACAAAGCCAGGAGCUCUACACUGACUGGCUGAGGUACUCACUUAAACACCACCCCUCCCCCCCCCCCAUUUCUUGUAGUGCCAGCGAAAGGUGGGUUUGAUUUGUUUCAACUCUGCCCAUGUGACACCCUGAUGUGUUGGAUGGUCCAAAUACAAGAACUUCAGGGCCCCGACGUCUCGUCAAGACAAGCCUGCAUUUCAGCAGUCACAUGAACCUUCUUGUUUUCUCCUCGUCCCCCCUGCUAGGAACGUCUUGAAGACCCGACUUGCAGACAUCCGGUUAUUUAUAGAAUUAAAUACUCAGACUGGGUUGGUGCAGCUACAGAAGCUCCAGCGACUUGCACAGAAGACUUCACUCCUGACCGUGCUUGCCGCACCCCCACCCCCUCGUCACCCCUUCAGCCCCCACACCCUGCCCUCCAAGUGCACCAGAGACCGACAUUUCUACGGACUGUGACACUGGAUGGAAGGAGGUGCGAGGUGGGUUCAAGGCUCACAACCAGAGGGGAGUGGAGGCAACAGAGAGAAAGAGAUUCCAUCCAAGAAAAGGCUGCAUCAAGCACAAGACAGGACCCAGGCCUGGAUAAUACAAAAUAGAACUUUAUUGGCACAAGCUGAAAGUUAUGAUUUUACAAAGGUGACUUUAAUUUUACAGCUUUUACUAUUUAAUUACGCACUCGGUGCACUUAAGUUAUGAAAUUGCUAUUAAUUUUUUUUGUUUGUAAAAAUCAUUUGAAGAAGGAUUCUAAUUAUGAGGUUUCUUUGGGGCCACUUUUGGUAAGAAUUAGCCAAAACUGUCUGAACUGUUGUCAGGUGUAAAGGUCACCCCUCCCUAUCCCACUCAAAAAGAAUUGCGUUGUAAAUAACGGCAGUUUGAGGAUGUGUUUUUUUUGGAAGUGCUGGUUAUUUUACUGUGAAAAAUCUGUGAUAAUGUACAGACGGAAGAUCCCCUCCUUCCACCCCCCGCAGACAACUAUCUCUGGUACCAAGCUGGCUUUGGCCGUAAUGCACAGAAAGGCCAAAGGUCUCUUCAUUGUAUGCUGUGUACAUGUUCCUAAAGAAGGCCCUGAAUGUAUAUUGAGCACCAUUUAUGGAGGUGACAUUAUUGAUGCUUGAGCAAGCAAGGCCCAGUAGUGCAACAGGUUAAAAGAACCGCAACCCCUCCCUCACCUGCGGUCGUGGGUUGGAGUCUGAGUGUGAUGUUGACUGCUGAAUUACAUGGCCACACCAGUGGCAGCUUGUAGACUCACCCUGGUGGGGAAGAAAGGUGGUGAAGGAUAGACUGCAGGUCCCAACCUCACCUUGAGACCAGUGCAGCUCUGGUCUCCUAAGUGCGCUGGAAGAAGUAGUCCCAAGGGUUUGCUCUAAUGAGACACAUAGCAUGUAUUGACCAGGUCUUUGCUGACGCGGACCUUUGCUUUUGGACCGUAGAUGCACUACUAGGGUGUCUAAGGCUCGGGGAAGAUCUAGAUGGCUCUCCCAUGAGCGCUGGGAAGACCAGGGUUGGUGCAGAGUGGGAAAAUGGCCCCCCCUGUGUGAUGGGUGGAUGGUAAUCUCUGGAACCAUCAGCCUGGGCUUGAAGGGGCAUGGAGGGUGGGGACAGGGAGGAAGAUUACCCCAGGAGAUGCUGUGGUCUUGUUCUUGACAUCUGAAUGCCGGAUCCGAAGGGAAAAGGGGACGUCAAGAGUCAAGAGGACUUCAAGACUCCCACCUGCUCAACUCCUCCUCUCAACCCUUCCCUUCAAUCACUGACCCAUCUCCUCCAUUCCCAGCCCUCCCCACCUCUCCAACUCCUUCCCCCACUUCUCACCAACUUCUCCUUCCCAUUUCUUCCCCUCCCUUCUUCCUCUCCCACCUCUUCCACUUCCCCAAUGCCUUUCCUUCCCAAUUACUCCCACCUCACCUCCUGCCAUCGAAUCCCUCCUCCACAACCAAUCCCACCUCUUCCCUACACCCCAACCCCACCCCACUUCUCCUCCAACCUCUCUCCUCCACCUGUCCUCCCACCCUGCCUUUCCCCUCCCUAACCCACUCUCCUCAC